AUGGAAGAAUUUUUAAGAUCAUAAAGAAUAGGCCCAACUUCUUUAACUCAAUAAAUCACUUCAAAAUAAGAAUCCGCAUCACAAAUAAUUUUAGAUGACGAAAUUUAAUAGGAAAGUUAAAGAGAAAUCAUUGAUAAUAAAAGCUUCGAUAUGAAUAUGUCUCGAUUUGAAAGUAAAGUAAUUACUAUAACUAUUGAAGUCUGAAUUUAGGAGAAAAGGACUAUCCCCAUUUCGAACUCUGAAAACUCUUCAAACUUAAAAAUAAUCAAAUUUCAUACAGAAUUUUAAAUUGUAGUUGCAUGUUCAUCGAUUUGUAAAUAACAUCUUUACAAACUCAUAUAUAUUAAGAAAUAAUUAGAAAUAGAAAAUAUCAGAUUAAUUAUUUGAAAAACCUUUAACUUCUUAGAAAAAAGGAAAUAGUAAGAUAAAUUUAUAAUUAAUUGUAGUUUAAGACACAUAAUCAUGGAUUCCAAUAUUUUUACCCUCUACAAAUGUCAUAAUAAUAUGGGAUAUAUUUGGGUUUCUAAAUAAUCUAUUAAUGCUUUGGCUUACACCAUUUUUAGGAUCAUUUAAUAAUUAUUAAAAUGAUAUCAUUUAGGCUCUUUAAUAGAUCAUCCUAAUAUUUUAAAUCAUUGAUUUUUUAGUUUAAUUUAAUAGAGGAGUAUUUAUUUCUGCAAUCCUUAUUACAAAUAGAAUGACAAUAAUAAAAGAAUAUUUAAAAUCAAAUGCUCUAGCAGAUUUUUUUAGAGUUUUUAUAUGGUUUUGCCUUAAGCAUGAUAUUUUAGUCAACGGAUUUCUAGAAAUUACAAUUAUAUUAGAAAUUAUACUGAUUUAUUAGAAUAUUUAGAGAUAUCUUGCUGAAUAUUUCCAAUAUUUUUAUUUGAAAGGAGGUUAAAAUGCAAUUCUAGAUCUAACUUAACUAAUAAUUCAAAUAUAUUAUUUUGCCCAUAUAACAGCCUGUGUUUGGCAUUAUACAGGAGAGAAAAGUCAAUAUUUAGGAACUUCUUGGUUAGUUGAACAUAAAUUAACUGAAUCUUCAUCUUGGCAUUAAUAUAAUGCCUCCUUUUAUUGGGCAACUAUGACAAUGACAACUGUUGGUUAUGGUGAUAUUUCUGCUUCAAAUUAAGCUGAAAUGACUAUCUCAUCAAUUAUUAUGUUUUUUUCCAGUUAUGCUUUUGCUUAUACUAUGAGUUCAAUUGGAAUUAUUUUAAAAAAUCUUUACGAUUCAAAAUAAACUUAUAAGUAAAAAUUAUUUAAUAAUUUAGAAAGAACUUAAUUUAAAUAACCUAGUAUAUGCAUAAAAAUUAGGUAGAUGAAAAUAUUCAAGGUAGGAUUAGAAAUUACAUUAGAAUUCAUUCUAAUUCAGAAAAGGGAGAAAAUUAAGCUGAAAUAGAUAAUAUUAUUAGUUUAUUACCAAGUAAUUUAUAAAAAGACUUAAAUACUGAUAUUUAAACUAGAGUUCUUAAAAAAAUGAAGCUCAUUAUUAAUCAUUUUACAAAAUACACUUAACAAUAAGUUGCAAAAAAUCUUGAAUUAAUUUAAUUUUUACCUGGAGAUAUAAUAUAUAAAUAAGGAGAUUCUCAUGAAGAUAAUCUGUAUUACUUAUUCUUAUCAAUAUUAGUUAUUUUAUAUAGAAUGGAGAAGUUAACCUCAUAGAACUCUAGACUGAAAUUAAGUUAAGGAAUUUAAAGAAUAAUUCAUAUUUAGGUUAUUAUUCUUUUUUUACAGGAUUUUCUCCAAAGGAAACUGCAAUUAGCUAAGAUACUAGUCAGCUUUAUAGAAUUAAUAGAAAAAAAUUUUUAGAUAUCAUUAAACAAAAUUAAAAGGAUUUAGAAAUUUUUCAUCAUAUAAAAGAUAAAAUGAUUUAUAAAUCAAACUUUGUAUUAAUUGAUCACAAAUGUAACUUUUGUAAUAGAUAUGUACAUCAAGAAAUUGAUUGUCCAUUAAUUUAAUAUAAACCUGAUUUGGAACGAAUAUUAAAAAAAGAUUAAUUCAAAGAGAAGUUAAAUAUAAGAAGGUUUUUGCCAAGAAAUAAAUCAAAAUUUAAUUCUUUACUUUAAAAUUAAAUGGUAGAAGAAUAAUUAAAACUUUAUUAAGAAGAAAAUUUACUAUAUGACGAUUUAAUAUCUCAUAAUGAAAUAUAAAAUGAUAAAUCUGUAUUUUCAGAUCAAUAAAUUACAUCUUAAUAGAUAAUAACAAGUGAAAAAGAUAUAUGUGCAGAUUAGUAAGCUUAAAGAUAAAAUUCUAGAAGAACAACUUAGAAUAUUUAAGGAAAAUCAUGCAAAAGUAUCAUAUGUUUAUAUUAGGAUUAUCUUAUUUGAAAUUAAAACCAUGUUUUUAGGAACCAAAAUCAUCAUAAAGAAGAAUAGGAUCUUCAAAUGAUGAAAUUUUAGUACCUAAAGAAUAGAAUAUGAUUGAAGAGAUGGAGAAAAUAUUUAAAAAAAAUUUAAAAUCAUCUCUAAAUAUAGAUUCAAUAUCAGUAAAGUCAUAGUAUUAUAUGCCUUAAUAUUAAAUUGAAGUUCAAAUAAAAUUAUGGAUUAAAAGUUAAAAAAAAAGAAAUCAUAAAUUUUGGAAUAUAUAUAAAUAUUUAAAAAAAUAUACUUUUUCAAGUUUUGUAAAGGAGGCAGCAAUAAAGAUGAUGAGUUAGGGUAAAAAAAUGUACAAUACUCUUUAGGUUUGA